AUGCAGCUCUCCAUCGCCUUCGUCUUCUCGUCGCUCCUUACCCUUGCCGUUGCCUCCCCGGUGGAGCGCUCCGUGGACACCGUUCGCAUCCCUAUCACCAAACGCGGUGACUUCACGGCCGAAGAUGGAACCGUGGACCCUCAAGCGCUGCGCGCCCACCUUACCCGCCGUCUCAUAAACUACCAGCGAGGCUUCGCCGCAUACGAACAAAACACGGGCAAACCCCAUCCGCUCUCAAGCAAAGAGCUGCUGUCGAAGCGGUUCGCCAUGCCCGGCUUGCUACGUCUCCAACCCGUUGAAGAAUACAUGUGGCGCGGCUCCAUUCACGUCGGCACGCCUGCCCAAAACUUCCAAGUCGACUUCGACACGGGAAGCUCCGACCUCUUCCUGCCUGGGCAGGAUUGCACCACGAACUGCGAUGGACACAGCAAAUACGAUCCGACAAAAAGCUCUUCCGCUAAAGACCUUCACAAAACAUACUCUGUCUCCUACGGUGACGGAACGGAGGCAUCUGGAGAGCAAUGGACCGAUAUCAUAAUCUUCGCAGGCUACCAGGUUAAUGGUGCUGUCGUUGGCGCAAGCAGCGACUACUCCGGAGGCCUCGCCCCAGCCCAGUUCGGUGCGGACGGCAUUAUGGGAAUGGGCUUCCCAGAGAUAUCCAGAUACAACUCCGAGUCCGUCGUCGACAAACUGCUCAAGCCGUUCGCAUCCGGGAACCGCAUAUUCGCGUUCCGCCUGGACAACGACAACCCAGAGCUCACCGUCGGGCGUUUGGACAAGAGUCUUUACGAAGGCGACAUCACCUACAUGCCUGUCACCGAUGAGGGAUUCUGGCAGAUCAGCAUGGACACAGUCUCCAUCAACGGCACCUCCAUCGCCCAAAACACUCCCGCCAUCAUCGACACCGGCACCACCGCCGUCAUCGGGCCCACGAAAGACGUCGCCGCCUUCUACGCCGCGAUUCCCGGCUCCAAGGACGCGUCGGAGGAGAUCGGCGCGGGCUACUACACUAUCCCCUGCUCCAGCUCGCCCGCGUCCAACUUCACGUUCGGCGGGCGCGCCUUCACCAUGCCCGGGGAGAGCCUCCGCGGCGCGCCCCUCGGCUCAGACGCCACCCGGUGCGCGGGCAACGUCGUCGCGUCGGACCACCAGCCGUUCUGGAUCAUCGGCGACCGCUUCUUGAGCAACGUGUUCUCGGUCUUCGACAUGGGCGCGAAGCGGGUUGGGUUCGCUGCGCUGUCGGACUUGAGCCCCGACGAAGACGAUGAUGAGGCUGCUGCAAAUUAA